UAGUAUCUGCAGUCUAUGUAUUUUAGUAAAGCGUAAGCUAUUUAAAAUAUCAAAACUGACUUUCCGUUUAUUUAGCUUUUUUAUUUUUUUCUUAAUAAAAUUAAAGAUCACUUUCAAAUAUGCCAAAUCGCUCUGGAUCCGGAAGGACUAAUGGGCACGCGAACGGCUUAGCUGUAUCGACAAAUCAUGUAUUAAACGGCAACGCUGCUCACCAUUACUUCCCUGAACGCCGACAAAAGCAGCCACCACCGGAAGACAAUGAUAUCCAUACAUUUUUUCGUCCGCUGGUGUGGUCACUGUAUCCUGUUGGAUUUUGGAGGGCCAACGAUUCCCCACCAACUAAAGUUGGAAAGUUUUUCUCAAACUGCUGGAAAUUCACCCUUAAUCAUUUAUCUGUCGGCUGUAUGGGCAUGGGCCAUAUUGAACGCGAUCAAUAUUGUGUACAACGCUGUUUACACUACCGUGGACUCAGCAUCUCCCGAUCGCCAUAAAAAUAUGAUCGUAUCACUUCUGGAAGAAUCCCCUUAUGUUUUUAUCAUCUUUCGCAAUGUGACAGUGUUGACUUUUUUCAUUUCGUCCGCCCAGAAGGUCCAUUUUGGUAUUGGUUUGUGCGAAAGUCUGCGCGUCCAGAUUUUGAAAUGCCGGAGGAAAUGUUUACUUAUCAAAAAUUUGCAAUGUGCCGCUUAUUUGGUUGCUCACAACUUGGGUCCUAAUUCUCUUAUGGGAAACACACGAAUGGUGUGUAUGGUUUAUAACCAUGGGCGUUUAUUACGACUAUGACUUCUCGCCGUUUCCCUUUACAAUGCUGCAGUAUCAGUUCGCCGCAUUGUGGUAUUCCUUGACGACAGUACCGUUUCUCAUUGCCCAAACGGUUUUAUGUUUGCCGGUACUGCACGCCAUUUUUAUACAGCGUUGUAUGCACUUUGUUAAUCAUGAAAUCAAGCAAGUAAUCAAAUCAUCCCAGGCCGAUGUGGCGGGACUGAUGCGCAUCCAAUUAGGCGAGCGCAUAGUGCAACUGCGUUCACUGCAUUACGAAAUCUGCCGGACGUCUCGUAAAGUGGACCAAGCGCUAUCCACUCUCUUGUUGGCAUCCUAUGUUUUCGAUGUGUUAGCGUUGUUUGGGUUCCUUGGAUUACUGGUUAACAGUAAAGAUGCACGACCAAGUCCCACCCGAUUGGAAUGGACAUUUUAUCUGUCUAGCUCAGUAUUAUGGUUUGCUUUUUUCCUCUUUCACUUCUCGGUACCGGUAAUCCGAAUGGCCGAGGAGGGGGAUAAGACUUCGCAUUUGGUUCAUGCGGUCACUGUGACAUCUAGCCAAAUUUUAAAGGACCAGUACAGUGACCUCAGCAUCUUUCUUUCCGAAAGCCGUCAUAACAGCUGUGUGUUUACUGGACAUCGCUUUUAUUACAUCAACCGGCAUUACAUUGUUGCAACCAUUGCGUUGAUUGCAUCGUAUUUGACCGUGCUGACGGAAAUCUUGGACAGAUAUUAUGGAACCGAGAGUUUAAAAAGCUCAUUAGCAGUUUUAGCCACCACGGUUACGAAUGCCACCCUGAUGCUGGAUCUUACAAUUAGUAAUUCAACUGAAUCGAACUGGAAUGCGUCUGAUUACACUGUAAACGAAGAAAUUGCGUAAACCUAAUAAAAAGUCUAUUUUUUGCCACUACGCACAACCAGUAUUCGUGAUGCCUGCCGUUUCUGGAUCAUUAUAGUAUCGACGUAACCUUGUUUUUCCGUUUGUUAUGACAUGUUCGACACCAUACAGCAGCAGCGUUUAGCCGUACAAAAACUGAGUGAAUAUUGAUGUAGGCACGUAUAUUAUCCUGUAACUGCUGAUUAAAGAUCAUCAACCGGAAAUUGAUUGGAUUGGAAAAACCGUUUGACUACCAUACAGCCACUUUUUUAACAGGAUUCAUCCGUGAGCCUGAAGGGCAGUUAAAACUGGCCGAGAACUCCGGCAUAUUCGACAUGGGACCAAUCACGCGGUAUUUGGCGGGGCUGUGUACGUCAGUCAAUAAAUCCAUUCGCAGUUUCUCCGGUCGCCAGUCUUUGCACCACACCUAAGAAUCCUUAAUCAUGUUUUCUGCUCAUUUGAGAGCGUCAUGUGUUUAUUAGUACUCUGCAUUUUAUUGAUUAAGAAACCAACCUGAGCUGCGGACAAAAAGAAUAACUGAUCAACUGUAAAAUCUUCCA